GCCCUUCAAGACAUAAUGGAGAAAAUGGCCAGACCUCUUCCCAUAAACCCAACUUUCCUGCCGCCGACUCACGGCGUGCUGAAAUCCCUGCUGGAAAACCCGCUGAAGCUGCCUUUCCAUCACGAUGAAGGAUUUGGGAAAGACCAGGAGAAAGAGAAGAAGCUGGACGAUGAGAGCAGCACGGGCAGCCACCCGCAGUCGGCCUUCCUGGGUCCGACCCUCUGGGACAAGACGCUGCCCUACGAUGGCGACAACUUUCAGCUGGAGUACAUGGACCUGGAGGAGUUCCUGUCAGAGAACGGCAUCCCCGCCAACACAGCCCAGGGCGACCAGGCCCAGCAGGCAGCGCAGCCGGCCCAGGCCCCACCGCCCGCCCCGCCCGCCACGCCUACACCCACCGUGGUGGACCUCAGCAGCCGCGCCACCACCUCGCUUCACACGGGCAUGGCGCCUCAGACUUGCCUCCGCAGCCCCAGCACAGCAGCCCUGCCCUCGGCCCGAGACACCCCCAGCCCCAUCGACCCAGAGUCCAUCCAGGUGCCCAUGGCCUACGAGCCCGACCCGCAGGACCUGGCUCUGUCCAGCGUGCCCGGCCAGGAAAUGUUCGACCCCAGGAAACGCAAGUUCUCCGCCGAGGAGCUGAAGCCGCAGCCCAUGAUCAAGAAAGCCCGCAAGAUCUUCAUCCCCGAAGACCUGAAGGACGACAGGUACUGGGCCCGGCGCAGAAAGAACAACGUGGCAGCCAAGAGGUCACGGGACGCCCGGCGGCUGAAGGAGAACCAGAUCGCCAUCCGGGCCAGCUUUCUGGAGAAGGAGAACCACGCUCUCCGCAUGGAGGUAGCAGAUAUAAGGAAGGAGCUGGGUCGCUGCAAGAACGUUGUGGCGAAAUACGAGGCCCGACACGGGCCCCUGUGAAACCCCAAAACCACCACACCCACCCUACUCCCACAACCCACCUCUCCUCCAGUUUGAAGGACAAUGUGUCUCUUUUGGUGGCACUGCCCCCUCUUCCUCCUCCUCCUCCUCCUCCUCCUCUUCCUCAACCAACACACACCUGUAUGAUUCUGGUAUUAUAACUGUCAUUUUGAUUCUAUCAUAAGCUUCAAUUUGUCUGUUCCUUCUUUUAUUUUCUGUACACAUUGUUCGACUAAAUAUAUAUACAUAGAUACAUAUAUGUAUUUACACACGCAUACUUCCCACUUUAACGUACUGUGAGGAGUUAUGAGCCAAUCCACCAGCUGAGUCCCCCCACCCCGCCGCUACCUUCCACUUUAGAGAAAUGAUGCCAUGCUGUUUGUUGUUCACUUUCAUACCAAUUUUAUACAUGAGAUCAGGACUAAAAAACUGUUUCCUGUUUCCCUUUUUUCUUCUUCUUCUUCUUCUUCUUCUUCUUCUGUGUUUAUAACAUGUGACGUGUCCAAGAGCCUGCGUUCACCCCACACAAUCUUGUGUAAGAGUUUGUUUUUUCUCCCAUCAGCAACAUUAUCUUCUUUUUGAAAACUCUUUUCUUUGUUGUAUUUUUAGUUGUUUAACCUCCAAACACAACUCCAGCUUCUCUAACUCGCUUUUUUUAACGUUCAGAUAGCACAUAAAAAAAACACUUUUUCCUGUGCAAUCGUGACGUUUUUGUUUUUUUUCUUCAUGACCCGGACACUGAGCAAUAAUUCCUGUCCAGAACUAAACUGACAUGACUACCUACAUGUUCUUCACCCCUCCCUGCCCCCCCUCCACCCCAGCAUCGCAUUUUAACUAACUUUAUAUAUAACCUCUGCACUAAUGCGUGUCUCACAAUCUGAUCCGGUGCAAUGUUUCCACUCUCUCAAAAAAUUUCCUCCGCCUCAUAUUUAUCAACCUUUUAUUUCUCAGAUGGAAAGAUUAUUGUUUUUUUUUUAUAUAAAUAUAUAUAUGUAUUCUGUUGAUAUAAUUGUUAGUAUUAAUACUACUUGUCGUUUAGCCUCCUCCUUAUUUUCAGAUUCAAGCAUGAUUUUUCUUUCACGGAACGAAAAGCUAUUUUUCUUUCUUUUUUUUGCAAAAGUUGUUGAUAAUUAUUUUCUGCUUCUGUUAAACUUAGCAUGAUUUAAAUAUGAGUGUUUUUAUUUUAGAAAUCAAUACAGAUGUCUGUAGUCUUCUCAUUGUAGCUCUAUGUUUGCCCUCUUUUUUUUUUUAAAGAUGGCUGAAUGAAUGUAAAAGAUGUUGACAAAAAAAAAAACGUUGGAUGGUGUUGUCCAAUACUGUGGUUAACCCAAUCAAUUUGUUUACUGCAGACCAAACGAUUCACAACAGAGAUGAUAUAUUGGUUACAAGAGAUAUGUUUAUAUAAACCUAUUCUAUAAGUUGUUCUUUUUGUACAGUAUUUUUCCUAUACAUUACUGAACUAUGUAUUUUAAAAGCACAACAGAUCCAGAAUAUUAUUAAAGAAUACAAAUAUAUAACUCAAAGACAAAUGCAUAUAGUGGUAUUUUGAUAUUCUAUAUUCACUAGGAUGUGGUAGUUUUACAGAGAUUUGUGGAUAUUCAGCAGCACCCAAACCUCCUGGGCAUUAUUAUUACCAUUAUCACUAUGAAUAUUAUUAUUAUUAUGACAACACUCCUGCUUGUGUUGGCGCCACCUUUAGGCUCCCAUAUCAUAUAAAUCCCAUUGAACUCUGAGGAAACAGUCCGGAAGAGAGAAUGUACAGUUAGGCACUUUUUAAAAUCCAUCAAAUCCGACAAGAAAACGAACGUUUGAUCAUCAUGUUUAAUGUUGUGAACUUCCCCCGACAUUUGAGUCGUCCACACUUUUCUUUCUUACAAUGGUGAAUAUUCUUAAUUUUUCAAGGCUUUUUAUUUUUAAACUGCGCAGCUUGUGAGUCGUUACUUUCUGAUCUGAUUUGACGGGUUGAAGUUACUAUGAAGGAAGGGAAAUCUAUAGCUGGUUACUGCUCUGUGUGUGAUUGGUUCCUUCAGUAAAUGCAGUUUUAGCAUGUCCCUGAACCUGAGUGAUGGACACUGGGAAGCUUUCUUUAUUUUUUCUUAAAUGAAGGCUUUUACAGUGGAGUUUCCCCCCAAAACGUUAGUUGUGUUGUAGUGUAGAGCUGCAUGCUGCUUUUUGCCAAUCAGUCCAAGACAAGGAUGCGAUGAUUCAUGUUUUUGAGGGCUGAUAUUGACAUUUCUGAUUUUUGUAUGGAAGUCCAGGGCUGCAAAUAUUAAAAUGAAAUCCUCCAAAGAAAUUGUUUGACAUUUUGGGAUAUUUUUAUUCUAUUAUUCGCUAUGUUGCUGACUGUUGACUGUGCUGAUGAGAAGAUUAUAACCAUUCUCAUGUGCAUUAGGGGUGUCACGAUAUACCGGUAUUGAUGAUAACCGUGAUAUUUAGAAAUGAAAUGAUAAUAAUACACAUUUGAUAAUAUUGUGCAAACAAUACAGCACCUCUUAAAUCAUUUUAUAGAUACAGUUAUGGUUACAUACACCUCCCUACACUCAUAUUUUGAGUGUAAUUCAUUUACCAAAAAAGAGACAAAACACACAAUAAACUAUGUUAAAGAUGAAUUUGACGGAUAGCAUUGUUAUCUUUUUCUUUUUUUUUUUCUAUAGAUGUUUUGAUAAUAUCGUUAGCGUGAAUUCUUUUGGCCACGAUAAUCGUUUAAAAAAAUCUGAUAUCGUGACAGCCCUAGUUUGUAUUAAUAUGAAGUUACAGUUAGCAGCCGAUUAGCUUAGCUUAGCACAAAGACUUUAACCGGAGGGAAACUGCUCCGACAGAUUUUUCAAAAGAGGUAUAAUAAAAAGAAAAUAUAUGUUUUUAUUUAUCAGAAAUAAGCUAAAAUCAGGACAAAUCAAAUGUAAAAACAUGGUUUGUAAUUUAAUCUUCACUUUUUUUUUGUUUUUUAUUUCACAUUCAAUGUUAGAUUAAAAAAGAACAUACUUUUUGACAUAUAUAUAAUACACACUCAAACAGCAAAUUAAAUUUAAAUUUGAGCAAAUAACUUUAAUAGUGACAUCCCUGGACUUCCAUAUUUUUUUGCCGACACCUUUGAAUUUUGAGGCAUCAGUAUUUGGUUCUUUUCAGGGUGAAUUUAAAAACCUUACAACCCAAACAAAAGCCAAUAUCGGCCCAAUAAAACUGAUCAGAUCCCAGUCCAGACUUGGUUGAACAUUAUUGAUCUAAUCCAAAGGUGUGUGCGAGAUGGAAAAUGGUUCUUUUCUAACCAACAAACUAUCGUCUUAGUGUUCUUGCGCACAGACGAUUGUGACCAUGGUUCGUAGAGACGACUGGAACGAUGCUUCCUGAAUCUGUGGAGCAUCUUUUUAUGAAAUCUUAUAGAAAUAUAUAUAUAUAUAUAUAUAUAUAUAUAUAUAUAAAUAUAGGAAAAAGCCAAUAAUUAAUCCAUGUGUAUCCCAAAAGUACCUCACUGUCGAGUGAUUUCACUACCUCACCCGGAAACGUUAACCAUAAUUCUGAGUCUAUUCCAGUGCCUUGAAUACACUGACUGUUCCCCAGUCUCUCAGCAAUGUAAUCUUCUAAUCACAGCACCAAUCAGAUAGCUUCAGAUCUGCACUGAAGGGCUUCUUAGUGCAUCAAAAAAAUCUAUAUAUUAUAUACACAGAUAAACUCUGUUCAUUUCUUAUUUUGGACAUUGCAACAGACUUGUAACCAUUGUAUUCAUGGCAACACCAACGGACUGUUUCAGAGUGUAUAAAAAUGCAACACAGAGGUGUAUUCAGUCUUGAUUGUCAUGGAAUGGAUGCAUGACAUUUUAUGUGUGCUUUUCAGCCCUUAGCCUCUCCGUCUCUCUGUAAUUUGUAGUGUCUAUAAUAAAAAUCCCAAUUCUU